AUGAGGAGCUACAAGCUUCAAAUAAGGACAGGGAUCCAGUAUACCACACACAUAUCAAAAAGUCCCCAAUUUCACAGAGAUAAAGUAUACAAAGAUGGACAAAAAGGGGAAAAAGAAUCAGCAGGAUUUGAUAGGAUUGGAACAGAUAACGGAAAUCAUAAUCUCGGUGCAAAGAAUAAACAUCAUACACCUGAGAAAAGGAGUGCUAUUGGCCUCACCCUGAAGCUGCUUCUGGUCGGAGACAGCGCCGUGGGGAAGUCCAGCCUCUUGCUGAGGUUCACUGACGGUGCGUUUGAGCCGUGCCUGAAACCCACCAUUGGUGUUGACUUUAAAGUGAAGAAAAUGGUGGUAGACGGCCAUGCAGUACAGCUUGCAAUAUGGGACACAGCAGGACAGGAGCGCUUUAGAACACUGACUCCCAGUUAUUACCGAGGAGCUCAAGGGGUUGUUUUAGUGUACGAUGUUACAAGAAAAGACACUUUCACGGGACUAGAGAGCUGGCUGAAUGAGCUGGAAAUGUAUACCACCAAAAGCAACACUGUGAAGAUGUUAGUUGGCAAUAAAACCGAUAAGCCUGAUCGUGAAGUAGAGAGAAGAGAAGGACUUCAGUUUGCUAGGAAACGCUCACUGCUUUUUAUAGAGACCAGUGCCAAGACGCAGGAUGGAGUGCAACAUGCCUUUGAGGAGCUAGUCAUAAAGAUCCUGCAGACACCAGGUUUUUGGGAUAAAAGCACAGAGAAGCAGGGAGUCCAGCUAAUGGAAUCUUCAGCACAGCAAGAUAAAAGCCUAUGUGGUGCCUACUGUCCACUUUCUUAAAUCUACAGGUGGCUGUUCUAUCUGAAUGGAGUGGACUUUAAAAAAAAAAAAAGGGGGGGGGGGAUUCCAAGUACUAGUCUGUGCCUUGUUUGACCUGCCACCAGUUGUGUAGAUCCAAAAAACAAACUGAUCAGCAAAAUAUGUUUUUGUUCAUUAACAAAAUACAAUUUCUCCUUCCCUUAUGCACACUGAUAUCUCCAGAUAUUUUUCUGUCAGAUUUUUCACUAUUAAAUCAUAGUGCUUCUUAAAGUAUUGUGCUUUUGCUGUAUGGCAUUCAACAUGGACUUUUUCUGAAAUUCCUGCCUUAGCAUAAAAUAAGGUAGUACUCCAUUUUGGAAUAUUAUUGAAAAGCUUCUCUUGUAUAAUUAUAUUAUGCAACGGAAGGGCUCCUGUAGAAGGAGUGCUUGAUAAACAUUUCAGCUUCAGAAGGGGCCAUCUAUAACAGAGGGAGCUAAACUAGCACCUACUAGAUGGUGGUACCUUCCUACCUCAUCUCCUGAAGUUAAAUGCCUUUUGAGAGUUCUGUUCUGCUGUUAUUUUUAGAAUUCAACUGCAUUCUCAUCCUCAAGCUCCCUGUAGCCCCAUCUGCUAUGGUGUCCUUACAGAGUUCUGCCUUCAGUCCAUUCUGUAUACAAAAUUUGUUUUGUACACACAUGCACACCCUCUGCAACAAACACUCAGUGAACCACUUUUUGGAGAUUUUAACCCUUUUCAUUGUGUAUAAAAUGUGUCUACUGAAAUGCUUUUAUGUUGCAUUCUUUCUUCUUCCAGAGCUUCCACUAGUCACUGUCCUUUUGUGCAAAUUUAUGCUGCCUAUCAUCCUAUACCAUCCAGACAUGGAAGUGUUGCUCCUUGCUAGGGCUUUGCGUCUUUCACUAGGUAUAGUCUUGGGUUUUUUUUUCUGCCAACCUCAGUUCUCCUUAAGUUUUUCCCAAACUGCCCUAAUGCAUGGACUGCAACACCAAACUUGCUUUGUCAUCGUGAUUUCCCCACACUUGGUUAACUUCACAACCAGCUAUCCAAGGCAAGCCAGCAAGGUGAUUUCUGGUUCUGUAUCUGCAGAUAUAUAUUUGCACUGAAAGAGCUUGCACAUGUAGUACACAUCCUGUUACUGAACUGCAGUGUAUUAUCAUUUCCUCCCCUUACCUAUUCACAACAGCGUUCUGUUGCUACUUUCUUUCCACAUACAGUUACUUUUUUAGAUCUUCACAAGUGAGGUUACUUUAUUGGGUGGUAUCUGCAGUCGUGAAUGCUGUAAAAGAGUAACCGAAGUUAUGUAGGCUGUGCAGGGAAAGGAUAUGACAAUGAGCUGCGAUAAAGGUACAGCCUUUAACAUGCUGUUAUGGAAAUGUUGACCAAAGCAAAUGUCUGAUUACAGGAUUCACUGAAAGGUUGUGGGGGGAACGUGUGUGUGUAUGGGGGCAGAUAACACGAGUUUGUUUGACCAUGAUAUAU